AUGACAGGACAGACUGAUCUAUCGCUACGCCUCCCGUCCAAAUACGCCUCCAAGACCUCGAAGCCGGCAGCAGAACCUGCUUCUCCCAGCGUUGAAUGGCUUGCUCGCACAUGGACCGUCACUCACUCAACACUAAGCAUGUGGCGAUCCGCGCGCAAUGUCCGCAUCACCUACAAGCCUCUGCCGUCGAGAGGGGGUAGGUUGCGCAUAGACGACCUGGUGGAGUAUGAGCCUGCCAGCGAGUCGGGCGUGCUGAAGAGCAUCGCAGGGGUAGACACACAGGCCGCGGACGUGGGGUGGAACUGGCGCGGCAAAGGCUGGCUGUUCUUCGUAUCUAGUCAUUGGGAGUUGCUCGGCUGGGGCGAAAGCUCUGCUACGGAUGGAAGCACCGAGAGAUGGGUGGUUACCUGGUUUGCGCCGACAAUGUUCACAACCGAGGGCGUGGAUAUUUACAGCGACAAGCCUGGAGGACUGAGUGAGGCGACAUACGGGAGGAUCGACGAGGCGUUGAGGAACCUGGGGGCUAAAGAAGUUGUCGACAUGGUAGCGCGGGAUAUGAAGCCAGUCGACAUCAGGUUGCCGUGGACGGAGAAAUGA